AUGACACCACCCAAUCUCGGAAUCAUCAUCCGAGCUCAAAUUGAUACGGCUAUCUUUUCAUGCAGGCUAUGUGAUCCAGCUGAAGACGAGAUAAAGUUUUAUUAUACAAGUCGAGCACUUUCUCAACACAGCACUAAGGCACACAAACAGCCGACCACUGUCAUCUUUGAAUGCCAUAUUUGCGAUGACACCUUUAAAUCUCGUCCUCAGUUGCUAUCACACAAGUGCAUCAAGGAAUUCGUAGCUGAUGACCAUGCUCGAGUACCGCCCCUUGUAGAUGCUGCACCAAGUGGAACACAAAUUGUUGACUUUUCCAUCAUUUCUACGACCAAGUCUUUUGUUUGUCCACGGUGUGUUACGGCACGCUUCAAUGACCUAACGCAUCUACAAGAUCACCACGUCAAGCAGCAUCUGCAACACUUACGCCCUAUUUGGUGUUGUCCAAGGCAAUGUGGUUAUAGAGACAUCGAAAAGCGUACAAUAACAGAGCAUCUAAAGUACGCAUGCAAUGCUGAUGAGGAACCAGAAAAUGAGUUUGCACAAGAGUUCUGCUUUGGCUGUGAUCGGCUCCUACCUUCCAACGACAUGGCUGCACAUCAACGCACACACCCUGGCCUUGUGGAUGCACUAGCAACGAAUUCUUGGAAGUUGCCAUUUGCUGGUCGUGAGCUUGAUGUUUUGAAGGAUAUCGUUGGUGUUGUUGGAUGGGAUGUUAAUGAUGUGAAGCAACAAUUACGACAGCGUCAUGUUUGGAAGCAUAACAACAUCAUUCAUACUGCAGUCUCCAACUUACGCACUCGUCAGACUCAAACUGCCACCACACAUCCUGUCAACAUUGCAUCACCUACAUCAUCACCAGACACCACGCCAUAUGCAACACCACGCUUAGCACCAUUUCGGGAUUUGCAGCAACCUCCAUCACCAUCACAGCACAUCAUUGGCAUUAAACGUACUAUGGCGGAUAGAUCACCACAACCUGAUCAUCAUGGGAGAUCUCGUCGCAAUUUUAAUGCCAACAGUAGCAGCAGCUCAUCAACAUCUCAAUCCACUCGGCCAUCAACCAACACUCGCUCACAACAAAGACGCCAUAGAAUAUCUCGAGAUGAUGAAGAUAGCCACAUUACACCACCACCAAUUAUCUCGGCUGAUACAGCUUCACAAUCUCUCGACUUUUUGCGUUCUUUGGAUUUGCAUCCAUCAUCAGGUCGAAUUUCACCAUUAACGCUUGACAAUGAUAAUCAUGAUGCAUCACCUGAUGAGCCUGGGGAUAAUGACAAUGGUAAUGAUGAGCAUGUGCAAGUAGCAACAAAUGAUGGGGAGGAUACUGGAGCGCCAGCAUUGGAUAUCAGCAACGACAGCACCACAGCAGCAGCAACAACAACGGCACACAGCAGCAACGACGAUCGACAAUUACAGCAUUCGACUAUAGCAGCACAUCCAGCACGUGAUCAUGACAACGACAACAAUAGUGUGGAUUCAUGGCUUCUUUCAGAUCGCCCUGUGACAUCAUUGGCAAAUGAACGAGCUGCAGCAAUCAAUGAGCAGGUUAAUAGGGAAUGGGAUCAACUUUUUGAGGAUCCUCUUUCACCAGAGCAACCAGUCAACGAUGGUGCAUCACUAUCUCUCUCAUCACCACCACGUCGACAACGCUCAACCUCGUUUGAUGCCACAUUUGAACAAGCGAUCUCGGAUUACAACAUCCAACAUUCAUCAUCACCCACACGCUCACAUCGCCGCACACGCUCUGUUUCACCUUCUCGCAACUCGCCAUCACCAUCCUUGGAUGUCACACACACACAAUCACCACCACCAAUUGAUGCGAGUAAUACGGCAAUGGAAGUUGAUGAGCCAAUUGUGCCAUGGCGACCAACACAACAACCUCGUGAAUACACGCCUAUUACAACAUUGAUGCAUUCACGACAAUCACGACGCUAUCUACGUGUGCCACUAUUUAACAACAAGCACCAGCGACUAUGUUUUGAAGCAGCUAUCAAUGAGCUUGUGGAACGGCAUCUUGUUGUUGAGGGUGAUGACCACACUAUUGUGACACAAAAGAACAACGACUUUCACGACGCACUGUACACGUUGAUUGCCGAGUUCACUAGGCCACGACCACGUGUUGACAAUCAAGGUCGAAUUGAAUGGAAUGGAUUGCAGCAUAUGGAUGAUGAAGCUGAAAUCACCGAUCGAUUAAACAACAGCAGCAAUCUUUCAGCCCAUGAUCGUAGACGUCUACUUCGCCGUCGCACCGCUAUUAGAGAAGGAAGAGAUGCCACAUCCCUGUUUCAUCGCUAUCGCCAUCGUUCAAAGUUGACGUUUGACUCUCUCGUCAACCCAAGUGAACGAACAACAUGCACCAUCCCUGCCAACCGAUUGUACACGCACUUUGAUAAUAGCUAUGGUGCUAGAUCAGUUACAUCGGAUGCAAUACCCACACCACGCCCUGAUUUCCAUCCAACUUGCUCACUUGGGGAUUUCACAGACGAUGAUGUGGAUGAAGUCAUCAAAAGGUUCAACAAAUCAUCAUCACCUGGCUUCGAUGGUAUUCCAUAUAAGAUCUGGUGCAUGUUUGGUGGGCUGCGUCGUUGGCUUAAAGCCAUUUAUCAACGUUGUUACUCGUUGGCAUGGAUACCGGAACAUUGGCGUAUGUCACGCACCAUUCUUAUUUUCAAAAAAGGUGACAUGCAGGAUCCUGGCAAUUGGCGUCCGAUCGCGUUACAGAAUUCGACCAGCAAACUAUAUUCAGCUGUUCUCGACAGGAUGUUACGUCGCACAUUAACAAAUCGCAUCCCUCACAACCAAAAAGGAUUCAUGCCAACGCCUGGAUGCAUUGAACACGACUUUUACAUCCAUGCAGCAAUACGCAAAAGUCGACGUAGAAACCUGCCACUAUACAUUUGCUCGUACGACCUUCGUGAUGCUUUUGGAAGUGUCACUCAUGAUCGGAUUCGCCAUGCGCUGGUAUAUGCUGGAUUGGAUGAUUCAUCAAUACAACGUGUGAUGAGCAUGUACAACAAUGUGAGCUGCUUUGUGGGCACUGAUGCUGGAUCCACUGAUAUCAUUCAACUACAUCGUGGCACCAAACAAGGCGACCCAGCAUCACCAUUCAUCUUCACUCUAUGCAUGCUGGAACUGAGUCAUCGCCUCAACAACGCUCAGCCUACAACACAGCAAGCUUACCACAAUCAUUUGCUACUUGCCGAUGACCUCACCAUCUUAUCACACGAUCCAGAACAUUUUCGACGUCUUCAUCGCAUAGUCACUGGAUUUAUGGAUACACAUGACUUGAAGAUCAAUGCAAACAAGACAUGUUUUUCGGCAACCAUCGCGCACAGUAAUCAACAAAGGCGCACGGAUGAGCGUAUUGAGCUACGUUACCAUGGCACGCGGAUACCACGCAUUGAUUUGAAGGAUUCAUGGAAAUAUCUUGGCAACAGUGUGGGUCAACAAAGGAAUGCGAUUUGGGCUGACUUUCAUCGUUUACAUGCACACAUCAAAAGACAGCUCAACAUCAUCGCCAAUUCCGGUUUACGUAUCUUUCAAAAGCAUCAUGCUAUCAAGACUUUCAUCCUGCCGCAGCUCGAAUAUUAUAUACGUUUGAAUGGCCUUGGACCAUGGCAAGCAAACCGAUUGGGGCGCACCAUACGUACAUCCAUCCGCAAAUACCUUCAGCUACCAUCAUCGACCAGCUUAGCUGUGUAUCAUUUACCUAUUGACAAUGGUGGUCUUGGGUUCUAUGAACCUCUUGAUUGGGCUAGCAGCACACAAGUUGUCCAUAUUCUUGGUUUGCUCAAUUCAUCAGAUCCUGCUGUUCAAUUUAUGAUCCGUGAAGAAAUUGGUACACUUUUGCAACAACGCUAUCAUCGUCCAGAAGAUGGCUCGACAUUGGAUUUUCCGCCUACCGCUGAAGGAUGCACCGAUCAACACAUUUUGCAAUAUCUUCAUGGUAAAUACGAGCAUCUUAAAAAGAAGCGGUACAAGGACACAGCGGAUCCAUCAGCAAACAUGCCACGUUGCCUACAACAUGUUGGAUGUGAAGUCAUUCUUGAGGAGGAUUUGGAUGGUGCCACGACAUUCAGCUUGCGAAGAGAUGAUAAUGCAAAUAAUGGGUCCAACACUCGGCGUCGUAUCACUGCCAUCGGAAGACUCAAGCGUAUUUGUCAACAAAAGCUUCUCGCAAAAUGGCAAAGUCAAUCAUUGCAAGGCCAAGCUGCUAGUACCUUGCAGCACUAUCUCAGCAACAGAUGGAUUCGUAAUGAUUCAUUGCAUGCAGCUGCGUAUCGUUUUGCCAUCAAGAGUCGCUUCGAUAUGCUGCCUACCAAUGCAAACAAGGCUCGAUGGGGUUUAUCCAAUGAUUCGAACUGCACACAUUGCCAUCAACGUGAAGACAUCCACCAUGUUCUCUGCUUUUGUACAUCACAACAAUCCAAAGUCCUACAAUCGGAACGCCACAAUCAAAUACUCAAUCGACUUGUAAAAGCUGCUCGCUAUAAUCACCCCACUGCCCAAAUCUCGGUCAAUGAAUCACCACCACUUAUCAACAGCGAUCGACAACGACCCGAUUUGGUAGUGCUUGAUGAGGAACGGCGUACAGUUUUUAUCACCGAUGUCACCGUCACCGCCCAAUCCACCUCAAACAACAAUCAAGCAACUUCUGGUACCUGCAUUGAUCACGCACGCCAAAGGAAGGUGAAUCGUUAUGGUGAUAUUAAGAGGCAAUAUGAGGAGAUGGGCUACACCGUGGAUUUGACAGCUUUUGUUAUUGGAGAUGUGGGUGGCACGGAUUCAGAAAAUGUUCGACAGCUCAACUAUCUUAUUCGUCGACGAGGUCAUGCUCAACGUGUACAUGGAUGGAUCAUUUGUGACGUAUAUCGAUUCGGUCAUCGCUUAUGGAUCAAACGCUGUGGACAUACACAUGGUUGGGAUACAUCAUCAACGCGCCAUAAUGCAAGAGAAAGAUCAACAUCACGUGCACCAUCCACCACUUCACCACCACGCAACACUCGCCAACACAACAAUAGCGAUCAUCGCUCACAUCGCAACAUUCGCAGAUCUCAUGCACCAACUACCGGCAGCAACAGCGUUCCACUUUCUCGUCAACGACAUUCAACACAACCACCACCAGCAACAAGCGCCAAUACUGUUCCGAUCAACAAUCUUCGCCGCCGAGGUCGCACAAUGCACUGA